AGUGAGCCGUUGAGGGGAUGGAACCGGCAAAACCGGGCCAGAAAUCAGAACCACACUGUUUUUUUUUUUUUUUUUACAGUUAUCGUGACAUGACUGGGGAUCUGUUCAACCGGGCCCACGGUAUAGAGAUCAAUAUCUAUCAGUUGGCUUUCUGCUUUUUUUGUGUUUGUUUGGUUUCAUUUUUGACUGGACGUCCGUGUUAGGAGCAAGGACGCGCAGAUCUGACGGCGAUGCGCCGUGUCACAGGGCUCCCUACAGCGCAAACGCCCUUUGUGGAUCUAUAUUCCGUGGCUGGGGCCCCAAAGCUCUCAUAAAGAUUCUUCAGCGGAAGCCCGGUGACUCACUGCAUGCUGCAGCCGCGAGCAGAGGGGACUCACUGCAUUCUAAUAGGAGGAGAGACGCGGGAGAGAGGACUCGCCUCGGUCCUAUUACACACACACACACACGCGCGCGCGCCGCGCGCACGCACACUGCUGGAGCACUUUGUACCCACAUCCACGCACUGUAGCGCGCGCUGGACCUCUCCGUGGCUUUCCUUGGCUUUUUUUGCGCAUAAAAAGGAUGUAACCUGGCUUUUUUUGUGUGUGGUUAUUGGGUUAUUGUGGUUUGGUUUUUGGGUUGUUGUUAUUUAUUUAUUUAUUUUUAUUGCCUGGACAGCGCGCUGUGUGUUGGGUGAGAGGAAUCACAGAAAAAGCUGCUCGGUCGUGGAAGCCGGAUGGUGGUGAUCCAGCGCGCGCAGGCUUUCAGCAGAAUAUCAAUUAGAUGUUGAGCCGCAACGCUGCUUGUGGAAACGUCGAAGAGACUGUUUGACGGAGGAAAAGACCGCAACAAUGUCUUUGCGCAUUGUUUCACAAUGAACAGACUUGUAACCGGAGGUGUGAAUUGUGAGAUCGCUUGACGGAUCAACAGGUCGCAAGCGUAAAGCGCAUCUGGAGCCAUGGCGCUCGUGUCGAGAGGAAUGCACCUCUCUGCUUUGUCUUUCCUACUCUUAUGGGCGCAAGCCCUGACAUUGAAAAACUUGAACUUUACGAUCUCCGAGGAAAAGAACCAGGGUGUGAUUGGAAACAUUGCCAAAGACGCAGGGCUUGAGCUCAGAGAGCAGGGCAAAAAAUCCAACUUCAGGGUGCUGGAGAAUUCAGCUCCACACCUCAUAGAUGUGGACCCUGAAAGUGGGCUGCUCUUUAUCAAGCAGAGGAUUGAUAGAGAAACACUGUGCAAACGAAACCCUAAGUGCCAGCUCUCUAUGGAAGUGUUUGCCAAUGACAAAGAGAUCUACAUGAUUAAGGUAGACAUACAGGACAUAAACGACAAUGCGCCCAGCUUCCCUUCUGAUCAGAUCGACAUCGAUAUUUCAGAGAAUGCUGCCCCUGGUACCCGCUUUCCCCUAGCUGCUGCCUAUGACCCCGACACCCGGGAAAAUGGCCUUAAAACAUAUCAAAUCACACGAGAUGAUUACAGCAUAUUUUCUCUGGAUGUGAAGUCUAGAGGAGAUGGAACUAAAUUUCCUGAACUGGUCGUCCAAAGGUCUUUAGAUAGAGAGGAGCGCAGCCAUCAUACUCUAAUCAUAACUGCCACAGAUGGAGGAGAGUAUCCAAAGUCAGGUACAAUGCAAAUCAAUGUGAAAGUAAUUGAUUCAAAUGACAAUAGCCCUGUUUUUGAGCAGUCCUCUUAUGUUGUGGAAAUUCCCGAGAAUUCUCCACCAGGCACAUUGUUGAUAGAUUUAAAUGCCACUGACCCCGAUGAAGGAAGUAACGGGCAGGUUACCUAUUCUUUGAGUUUUUAUGGCUCGGAUAGAAUCAAAGAAUUGUUCUCAAUAGACCCCAAAACAGGUGUCAUAAAGAUUCAGGGGAAAAUCGACUAUGAGGAAAACCCAAUUAUAGAAAUUGAUGUACAGGCGAAGGAUCAAGGUCCGAAUCCUGUUCCUGGUCACUGUAAAGUCACUGUUAAAGUGCUUGACAGGAAUGACAAUUGGCCAUCAAUAGGCUUUGUGGCGGUUCGUCAGGGGGCAGUUAGUGAAGCAGCACCCCCAGGGACUGUCAUUGCUCUGGUGAGAGUGACAGACAAGGACUCUGGCCGAAAUGGGCAGCUCCAAUGUAGGAUUUUAGGCAAUGUACCUUUCAGACUUGAGGAGAACUCUGACAAUUUCUACACAGUGGUGACCGAUAGACCGCUGGAUCGAGAAGUGAAGGAUGAAUACAACAUUACAAUCAUGGCCAAAGACAGUGGUAACCCUCCACUGAACGCCACAAAGUCUUUUACAGUCAAAAUACUGGAUGAGAAUGAUAAUGCACCACGGUUCACAAAGAUGGUGUACCUCCUUCAGGUGCCUGAAAACAACAUCCCAGGAGAAUAUCUUGGCUCAGUUCUGGCUCAUGACCCAGACUUGGGCCAAAAUGGCACUGUUUCUUAUUCCCUCCUUCCAUCUAACGUGAGUGAGGAAUCCAUUACUACAUACGUGAACAUCAAACCUACUGAUGGAGCCAUUUAUGCCCUAAGGAGUUUCAAUUAUGAGCAGACCAAAUAUUUUGAUUUCAAGGUCCAGGCUAAGGACUCAGGUAAUCCCCAUCUGGAGAGUAACACUACAGUACGUGUGAGUGUACUUGAUGUCAAUGACAACAUCCCAGUCAUUGUGCUGCCACUGCUGCAAAAUGAUACAGCAGAGAUCCAUGUCCCACGCAAUGUUGGUGUAGGCCAUGUUAUUACGACGGUGAGAGCAGUGGACAACGACUUUGGUGAGAGCGGCCGCCUUGCCUACGAGAUCUCAGAUGGCAACGAGGAGCACCUGUUUGAGAUUGAUUCUGUGACCGGAGAGGUGCGGACAGCUCAGCCACUGUGGGAGGAGGUGUCUUCUGUUGUGGAGCUCAUCAUCAAAGUGACUGACCAUGGAAAGCCCACGCUCUCUGCCAUGGCCAAGCUUGUGGUAAAGGCAUAUUCAGGACCCCUGCCAGAGGGCGAGCCGCGGAUCAAUGCUGAGCAGCAUGGCUGGGACGUGUCGCUCCCUUUGAUUGUCACACUCAGCGUCAUUUCUGUCAUGCUGCUGGCAGCCAUGAUUGCAGUCGCCGUCAAGUGCAAGCGGGAGAACAAGGAGAUCCGCACCUACAACUGCCGCAUCGCAGAGUACUCACACCCACAGCUGGGCAAGAGUAAAAAGAAGAAGAUCAACAAGAAUGACAUCAUGCUGGUGCAGAGUGAGGUAGAAGAACGUGACACCAUGAACGUGAUGAAUGUAGUGAGCAGCCCCUCGCUGGCCACAUCGCCAAUGUACUUCGAUUACCAGACACGUCUUCCCCUCAGCUCGCCUAGGUCCGAGGUCAUGUACCUCAAACCAACAGCCAACAACCUCAGCGUUCCCCAAGGACACGUGGGUUGCCAUACAAGUUUCACAGGGCCUGUGACUAGCACCACAGAGACACCGGUUAACAGAAUGUCCAUAAUUCAGACUGACAACUUCCCCACCGAGCCCAAUUACAUGGGGAGCAGGCAGCAGUUUGUUCAAAGCAGCUCCACGUUUAAGGACCCGGAGCGGGUAAGUCUAAGGGACAGUGGACACGGGGACAGCGACCAGGCCGACAGCGAUCAGGACACCAAUAAGGGCUCAUGCUGUGACAUGUCCGCCAAGGAAGCACUCAAGAUGAAGGCAACAGGGCUCAAGCCUCAACCUCUUGAGCAGGAAGAGGACUGCGUGAACUGCACUGAUGAGUGCCGGGUCCUGGGUCACUCGGACCGCUGCUGGAUGCCCCAGUUCCCAGCACCAGGUAUGGCGCAGGCUGAGGGUCUUGACUACCGCACAAACCUUUUCGUACCUGCAGGAAUGGAGGCAGUGGCCACUGAGCCAGAAAGCUAUGAGGCAACGGGCAACCCCAGUGGCAAGAAGACCUUCUGUACUUUUGGCAAAGAGCGGCGUGAACAUGCUGUCCUGGUGGCCAACGUCAAGCCCUACCUCAAGGGCAAGCGUGCUCUCAGCCCACUGCUCCAGGAAGUGCCCUCAGCCUCGUGCAGCCCUACCAAGGGAACCAAAGGUGUUGCAGACGGCGCCGAGGUCAAUCCCAGCACCAGCCACUACGAAGGGCCCAACGGACUUUACACUUCUCCUGGAAAGCAGAGUAGAGAUCAGGGAUACUGCGCACUUGCCGCCUCGGAUCCUGUAGCCAAAGUGCUGUUGGAGGCACGUUCACGCAUCAGCCAGGAAACAGCUAAUGAGCCAGACGGAGCACUGGAGCACGGAGGAGAGCCAAGCCGAGGAGGCAUGGACGCUGAGCAGGUGGUCAGAGACAUCGAUAAACUUCUGCAGGACUGCCGAGGCAACGAGGCUACAGUGGUUAGGAAGUGAACAGACUAAUACGGUGAUGAAAAAAUAGAAGACAAACAGUUAGAGAGGGCGAGAGUCUGUGAGCUUUGAAACACUCUCAAAGAGUGAGGUGCUCAUGAGGUUUGGCAAAUUAGGACAGAAAAGUACUUUUGACAAACUGUCUCAAAAAAUAAAAGAAAAAAAGCCAGGUUUUCUGGACGCCAUGUUGUGUUUUGGGGAAGGGGAUUCUUAGGGAGUUUCAGAAGUUGCUGUUUCUGGCUUCUUAGCAAGCUUUUUUCUUCAAGUGCCCACCAGCUCUAAACUUUUCUUUCUGACUCAGAACGCCACAAACCGCAAGAAAAGGUUGAUUCUGACAAUCGCAACUGAAAUGUAGAACACUCCAAAUGCGGUUGACUCUCAUCAAGACCGAACCACACUCUUCUCUUUUCUGACUUUGUAAUAUCAUUGUAUGAAAUACUAAAUAAUCUCUGAUUAUCUCUGAUCUCUGGGGAGGGGGAGGGGUGGUAACGGGGGUGCUUAAUUAAGAAAUGUUACCAUUUCUUCACUCGCCAUUUCUAAUCAUAUGUGUAAGCUGUGUUCCUCCUCCCAUAUAUAUGUGUGUAUAUGGAACAUUCCAGAUUGGUGAAACUGUUACUCUUUUCCUCAUUGGUCCUUUGUGUGAACACUGUCUUCACCUGUCUUCUACUUGUCACUUCUUUUAAGGUGACCUUCCACUCGUCCUACAUUAAAAUUAAGGCAAUCAUAAUUAUGUAUAUUAGGGACUUAUUUCCUCGACUGUGAAAAAAAAAUCUAUAUAAAUAUAUAGAUAAUAUAUAUAUACAUAUAUAUAUAUAUAUACAUAUAUACAUAUAUGAUCUUAUGUAUAGUGUCCAGAUAUUAACAAAAAUAUUUAUACCUUUUCUAAAAAAAUUUAAAAAGUGGAAAUCAGGAAAAAGAAAAGUGUACUGAUGCUGAAAACGCAGUUAAUGAUAUUUAUUACACUCCAAAGGACACUGGUUUGAAUUCAAAGAAAACGAAUGGUGUAAAAGAGAGAAAAAAAAAAAGGAAAUGUCCCUUCACAUUUGUCACUUCUUCACAAUAUCAUUUUAAUGUGCAAAAUGUAUCCAAUUAAUGUGUUUACAUCGAAAUUACAUAUUUUUAUUGAUUUUUUUUCCCUGCAAUCUCUGUGCAUAUGAGCCAAAUUGUUACGUGUACAAGAGCUAUAUUGUGUAUUUUAUUAAAUUAAUAUAUAGUUGUGUUGCAAUA